UACCAGCGCCUCCUGGUCAUGGUUCUCGACUACCCGGCUUGCGGCUUCCCUGCUACCAUCACAGAGGAAGAAAUCCGGACCCUCUACCUGGGCCCAAAUGGGGAUGGCAAGGGGGGCCUUGCUGAAAAGUACACGCAGUGCUCCUAUGGGAAGUUCAACCUUAACAUAACUGCCUUCCGGGCUGUGCGUGUGACGCACCAGUGUUCGCCACCUAUCACGACUAGUUGUGCCGCCUGGGCAAUGUCCACCAAGGCGGAUGCAGCCACCAAGCCCCUCAUUGGCCCUGCAGCCUUCUCAUCCUUCAGCCACUACACCUACAUAGUGCCACCGGGCCUUUGCCCCUGGUCAGGGCUGGCAUAUUUGCCGGGCCGACAGGCCUUCCUGCAGACAUCAGCCAAUGGAGUGUACAGAUGGGCAACAAUAAUGCAGGAGGCCCUACACAACUAUGGUAUGGGUCUCUAUCACUCUUGGCAGAACGGUAUUGAGUACGGCGACUACUCGACAGCCAUGGGCCGCGGCAAUGCUUGCCCCAACGCUGCGGAGAUCUCCCGCAUGGGCUGGGCCACACCCGCGGUCGGAGGUGACCAGCUGAACAGCAGUGCCUUGCUGCCAGGCACUACGAAAACCUUUGUGCUGCCUGCCACCUACCUCACCGGCAGCAACAACUACCUGCGUGUCACACCCGACUGGCUGAGUAUGUACAACGACUCAAAGUCAGCUCUGAACCUGUACAUGGCUGUCCGAGUAGCAAGGGAAGGCGAUGCUGGCUUAGGACAAUCAUACGCUUCCAAGGUUAACAUUCAUGAAGUAAAUGCGACGAUGGAUAAUGGCUUACCAAACCUCUAUGCAAACAGCGACCGCAAAAUCCAGUUCAUCAACGCCGUCAGCCCCAUGUCCCAGCUGACCUUGGAUGUCUACAACCUAGUCGUGUAUGGGGGAUCAUGGGUCGAUACGGACACCUUGAGGGUGCACCUCUGCCGAUUUAAGAACUCGCCUUUUGAGUGUCCUUCCCUCGGCGACCUGGAAGGUAUUGAGUACGGCGACUACUCGACAGCCAUGGGCCGCGGCACUGCUUGCCCCAACGCUGCGGAGAUCUCCCGCAUGGGCUGGGCCACACCCGCGGUCGGAGGUGACCAGCUGAACAGCAGUGCCUUGCUGCCAGGCACUACGAAAACCUUUGUGCUGCCUGCCACCUACCUCACCGGCAGCAACAACUACCUGCGUGUCACACCCGACUGGCUGAGUAUGUACAACGACUCAAAGUCAGCUCUGAACCUGUACAUGGCUGUCCGAGUAGCAAGGGAAGGCGAUGCUGGCUUAGGACAAUCAUACGCUUCCAAGGUUAACAUUCAUGAAGUAAAUGCGACGAUGGAUAAUGGCUUACCAAACCUCUAUGCAAACAGCGACCGCAAAAUCCAGUUCAUCAACGCCGUCAGCCCCAUGUCCCAGCUGACCUUGGAUGUCUACAACCUAGUCGUGUAUGGGGGAUCAUGGGUCGAUACGGACACCUUGAGGGUGCACCUCUGCCGAUUUAAGAACUCGCCUUUUGAGUGUCCUUCCCUCGGCGACCUGGAA